GUGAAACACCACCUAUUUGGGAAAGCUCAUUCACAUUCUGGAGGAAACAACAAGAAGCAGGAUGCAGCCCUGUUUGUAGACUUAGGUUGGAGCACCAAUAUCACGCUGCCACAUCUUACAUUGUCCUGGUCACAACAAUUAAAGAAGAUAAUACUGAAAUAGGUAUACACAAACAGUAGAAAUGGAAGACUCCAGUAGGACUGUCUUUUUAAAACAAGGCAAAGAGAAAGGAAACCCAGCUGAAGAGGCAGAGUCUUGGAGAAGCCCACUGCGCCAGGACUGCUCUGACUAUGGAAGAGGCUUCAGCAAUAAAGCGGAAAUGGGGUCGCAUAGGAAGAUCCCACAAGCUCGCUAUGGCAGCAGUCCCAGGAAAGAUGGUCAUGGUAUCCUGAGCAAUAGCUCAGUUGGUUUUAAAAAGAGGGGGCAGAGCCCAGGAGGGAGGCAGCAUGACGAUGGUUUUAGAAAGUUCCCUGCGCAAGAUAACCAUCACACAAGAGAAGAAAACUGGAGAGAGAGAUCUAACAGUCAUGAGUUCACCCGGGAGAGGAAGGACUCCAUGCAAGGGACUUCUGAAGACCUGAGCAGGUCUGCAGAUGAUGGCAGUAAAGGAAAUAAAAGGAAAUCAAAACAAAGGAGAAGGAACCACUUGGACAGAGAAGAAGAUCGGGAUGCCCCUGUGAUUGAUGAGUCUGUCUUAUCUGAGAAGGAGCUACUGGGCUUGCAUCAAGCAGAAGAAAGAUUAAACAGAGAUGACAUUUUUAGACUUAAACGGCAUCCUCGGAACUGCCCAAAUGCCAAGUAUUCUUGCAAGCUUUGUGAUGUUUUGAUUGAGUCUAUAUCAUCUGCCCAUAAGCAUAUUAAAGAAAAAUGGCACAAGAAGAAAGUUAAGGAGAAACGUGAAGAGGACUUGCUCUCUGCGUUGCUUCCACCAAAUCAGUCUCAAGUGAAAGCUAUAGGUGCUGCCAUUGAGAAGGUGGUGGAAGAACACGGCUUAAGUGAUGAAGAUGUAAUAAAGAGGAAAGAUAUUGUGACUGCUUUGGAAAAAGUUAUAAACUGCCUCUUGCCUGAGUGUUCACUAAGGUUAUAUGGCUCCUCUUACACAAAGUUUGGUUUCAAAGAUUCAGACAUUGAUAUUGACAUCCAGUUUCCACCUCAUAUGCAGCAGCCAGAUGUACUUUUGCUUGUUCAAGAAAGUCUUCACAACAGCAAAUCCUUUAUUGAUCUUGAGGCAGACUUUCAUGCCAGAGUUCCAGUUGUGGUUUGCAGAGAGAAGCAAAGUGGUCUUCUUUGUAAAAUGAGUGCAGGCAAUGAUAAUGCAUACCUCACAACCGAUCACAUGGCUGCUCUAGCAGAACUUGAACCCCGUCUUACUCCCCUGGUGACUGCCUUCAGAUACUGGGCCAAGGUCUGUCACAUUGACCGCCCUGAAGAAGGGGGGUUGCCUCCUUAUGUGAUAGCCCUGAUGGUCAUCUACUUCCUCCAGCAGCGGAAGGAACCUGUGCUUCCAGUGUACCUGGGUCUGUGGAUUGAAGGGUUUUCACUGAACAAACUGAUGGAUUUCAGGCUUAUUGGUGUGGAAGACAGCCAGGUUCUCUGGGAAUACAACCCGUCUCUAGAUAAGGCAACUCACACUGGCAAAGAGUUUGUCAACCAUGGAAAGGCCCCCCUGACUUUCGAUCCAGAUCAUCAAUGUGAAGUGGCUUUAGGACAGUUGUGGGUGGAAUUGUUUCGGUUCUACUCGCUGGAGUUUAAUAUGCCCGAUUAUGUCAUCAGUAUUCGCAUUAAGGACAUCAUUAGUCGUGAAUUAAAGGACUGGCCUAAAAAGAGAAUUGCCAUAGAAGAUCCUUACUCCUCGAAGAGAAAUGUGGCAAGGACGCUAAACAGUCAAUUGAUGUAUGAAUAUAUUCUACACUGCUUAAAAACAACCUAUAAGUAUUUUGCUUUGCCUCCGAAAAAGCAAGUAAAGCCCAAUAAGCAAAAUCACAAGGAUUUAGAAGUGAUUGAAAAUGUAGAGCUCCAGCGCAAAGAUCCAAGUGAGACAGGAAAAAUUCCACCAAGUCCAAAUGAACUGCAUUUAAUCCAAUCGGAAUUGCAUGACCUCAGUGUUAACAUCAGUCAGACAAGGACUGACCUGAAUGGAAAAAUUAAAAAUCAUGUUCCAAACAAUAUUCAGGGUGUUGAUUAUCCAAGAAUACAACAUGGAAAUGACAGUUUUGCUGGGGAGGAGGUGGCAUCUGAGAAAGGCAUGGAUGAUUUGGAUUGUGUGAUUGAGGAGAUUGUAUUUGAGGAUCCUGAUUGCUACAAACCCAAUUCUGAUGCAGAAAGUGAAAAUGAAGAACAAGAACAAGCUGAAAGAUGCAGAAAAUUGGAUGCUAACCAGCAAUUGGGGGAGGAGUGUGAAAACAGAGACCCUAUUAACUUGACCUGCUUCUCCACGGAAUUAGAAAAUGAGACAGAAAGCCCUUCAGAUUCAGAAGGCUGUUUAAAUCCAGGAUUGGUAGACAGCGAUGACUUUGGUUUAGAUGACACAGGCAGACUAGAUAAGGAGGAUGAAGACCCAGGGAGCAAUGAUGAAUUGGAUGAAUCCCUAAACACAUUUCUGGCAUCCAAACAAAGGCACCUGUUGGGCAGUAUUAACUCUGAAGAGGAUGACGAUGAAGAGGAUGAAUACCAUAGAAAUCACCUGGACAGUGUGACUAUGGAGGAUGAACUGGAUAACAUCUUCACAGCAUCUGGAGAGGACAUCUUAUCUGAAGAGGAUGAGCACUUCACACAUGAAGCUGUUACUCGCAAUGACCAUUGGGGGCACAAAAAAGAGAAUGAGACGCCUGGUCGAGUUGGAACUUCUAACAAAAGGGAUCUGGAUGGAAAGGUGAAGAAUGAUCCAGAUUUUGCAGAAGAUUCACGGCAUGAUAAUGAUUUGGUCUAUGAGUUCAGUAAACUUACAUUCACCAGAGGCAAGCUCCCUACAAUUGCAUGCAGUUUGUGUAGACGAGAGGGACAUCUAAAGCGUGAUUGUCCUGAAGACUUUAAGAAGGUUGAACUUGAGCCUUUACCUCCAAUGACACCAAUGUUUCUGAAAAUCUUGGAUCAAGUUUGUAACCAGUGUUACAAGGACUUUUCUCCAGACCAGACUGAGGAACGGGUUCGUGAAUACAUACUACAGAACUUGGAACAGUUUGUCAAACAAGAAUUUGAUGGAGCUAAACUGAGCCUCUUUGGUUCUUCCAAAAAUGGAUUUGGGUUCAAACAGAGUGAUCUUGACGUUUGCAUGACGUUUGAAGGAAGGGAGACCGCAGAGGGACUGGACUGCAUAAGGAUUAUUGAGAAUUUGGCCAGAGUGCUCAGAAAGCAUCCAGGUCUACGGAACAUUCUGCCUAUUACAACAGCUAAAGUGCCCAUUGUAAAAUUUUUCCAUGUGAGGACUGGUUUGGAGGGAGACAUUAGUUUGUACAAUACUCUGGCUCUCCAUAACACAAGACUGCUUGCUGCUUAUGCCAGUAUUGACCCAAGAGUGAAAUACCUGUGCUACACCAUGAAGGUUUUUUCAAAGGUGUGUGAUAUUGGAGAUGCUUCGAGGGGCAGUUUGUCCUCUUAUGCUUACACUCUAAUGGUGCUCUACUUUCUGCAACAAAGAAAACAGCCAGUCAUCCCAGUGCUUCAAGAGAUUUACGAUGGUCCAGGAAAACCUGAGAAGGUCGUUGAUGGUUGGAAUGUGUACUUCUUUGAUGAUCUUUCAAACCUGCCAAACAGGUGGCCCCAGUUUGGAAAAAAUACUGAAUCAGUGGGAGAGCUGUGGUUGGGAAUGCUUCAGUUCUACACUCAGGAGUUUGACUUCAAAGAGCAUGUCAUUAGUAUCAGGAGAAAGAAACUGCUCACAACCUUCAAGAAACAGUGGACAUCAAAGUACAUUGUUAUCGAAGAUCCCUUUGACUUGAACCACAAUCUUGGAGCAGGAUUGUCCAGAAAGAUGACAAAUUUUAUCAUGAAAGCUUUCAUCAAUGGCAGAAGAGUCUUUGGUACACCAGUCAAAGUCUUUCCAAGCGAAUACCCUACAAAAAUGGAAUAUUUCUUUGACCCUGAAGUGCUGACAGAGGGUGAACUGGCCCCAAAUGAUAGAUGCUGUCGAAUCUGUGGAAAGAUUGGACACUUUAUGAAAGACUGUCCUUUGCGUAGGAAAUUAAGAAAGAGAGAUCGAGGGUAUAAUGAUGCUAGAUAUCAAAGGCAAAGCCUAGAAGACCGAGACAUGUCAAACAUGGGGAGCCCACCUCAGAAAACGAGGCAGGAACAGCUGACCUAUGAGACUGGGAGGGACAGGACUCCUCGGCAGUGGGCUGACAAGUGGAGUAAGCAGGAGGACCGCGAGUUUAGAGAGAAGCGCUGCUUCAUAUGUGGAUCUGAAGGCCACAUUAAAAAGGAAUGCCCUCAGUACAAGGGUUCUGCAGGUGUUUCUAAACCUGGCAGUGUUUCAUUUUCUACAUCACCAUCUGCUCCAAGUAAUUUAAAGAAUUUCAAAGUGAAUCAGGGUACAUCUCUGCAGAAGCAAAAAGUGUUAAGUCCUCAGACAGGCAGCCUUGUAAACAAGCACAUGACUCAGGGAAGAUCAGAACAAAAGUGGAAUCAACAAGACUAAUGAGGCAAGAGGGUCUCUACUAAAAUAUAUUUUAACACAUUUUGGUUGGUCUAAUAUAUAACUGUACAAAACUCAUUUUUGAUUUAUUAAAUCUAAACCAGCAUCACUGUAAAACAAAUUUGAUAACCUAAGCCAAAAGACGGUGUUUUAAGUUUAAAAGUUUUUAUCCAGCCCCUCCUGAGGGGAAUUUGUUCUUAUUCCUAAUAAUUAAUGUUUUAAACAAAAGCCAUGAUGCAUGUCAUUUGUGUACAGGCUGAGGUGUAGUGCAACCUUUUUUUUCUUGUUUUCUUUUAAAUUCAUGAACUAAUUUGGUUGUAUUUCAAGUGCACUAUAAAGAACAGGCAAGUCUUUUGUAAGGACUGAAUAAUUGUUGUUAUCCUUUAAGGUAUAAGUAGUAUUAAAUGUGCAUUUAAUGUUUUUAAAAUAAUUGUUAACUUUGGCAAAUAAGGAAGGCCUCUCACAAAAUCAUUGAAUUUUUAUGUAUGAACUUUUGACUGGUUUUAUUUUGAGAGUUUUGGUACAACAUUAGUUUUGUUUUGCUUGAUUUCAAUUGCCACUGUGCUUUUGUUUGAAAAAACAAGACAAAGAUUGUGGAGCUUGCCUCCAGGCUGAAAUUGCUGCUAUGAUUUUAUUUACCAGUGUCUGUGAAACCCAUGACAAAUAAAAGUUCUUAAGAAAAACAA